AUGGCGAUGUAUUAUACUACUAGAAAAGAUGGCUUAGAUGGUCCAGCUCAUGUUGUUAGAGGCCCAAUUAUACCAUUAAAUGAAUUCUUUUCUGUCAGUCUCCGCUCGGGGUUCGGCUUACAACUCCUUUCCUUGCUUGGAUUGAUUAUAACACACUUUUCACAUGGAGGAAAGGGAUUUUACACAUACGAUUUGAGUGGAUUAUCAGAAGAAACUAGAUUGAAUGAAUCAUUUCGCAACUUUACCGCGGUUUUUUCAAUUAUCUACCUUGGAGGAUCUUUGUGUCUACUCUGUUUUCAAAUCAUAUUAGCUGAUGAUACAUGUUGGACUAGGGGAUAUAGAUCUGGGUCCAAGAUUUUAAGACUAGCUACCUUUUUGGACACUCUAAGCUCAACUUUGCAAUUCAUUUUCCAUUUAUAUAUUGCAAAGUUUUACACAACUAGAUGGUACAUACUAUUGAAUGAGGGUGGGAGUGAACUAGUUUUGUUUUUAUUCACCAGAGUUAUUCAUGCAUUUUCCCUUAUAUUAUUUGGUGUAGCGUGUUACCUAUUGGAAGUCUAUCAUGAUGAAGGUGCGGGUGAUUUACACGCAUACAUUAACAGUGUAUUAUUUAUAUUAUCCGGCCUUUUUGAACUGCUAAAAUUCAUGCUUAAAAUGUCAACACCAUUCGUACCAACAUUAGCGCUAGCUUUGCUGGCUGCUUCUUUGUGGGCAGUGUAUUUCGAACCAGAAGUCACAUACACAUCUCCAGCCUUGAAUGAAACCGAAUUGACCAAUGAUGUGGAGCAUCAGGUAGAAAAAUUCACCCAUCUCACUCCUAUGCAAUCUUGA